AUGAAAUUAUUUUUGACUGGCGGCUCGGGUUUUCUAGGUCGUAAUUUUAUAAGAUACGUGCUCUCUCGAGACAAACAAAUUACAAUCAAUGUCUUAGCACGCUCAAGCACUUCUGAUGAAUAUAUAUUAAAUGCCUGCAAUGCUAUUGAAGAUGGUAAAAAACGUGUUAGAAUAAUUCGUGGAUGUAUUAAUGACGAAGCUGCCAUCAGAGAAGGAUUGAAUGGAGUUGAUGUCAUUGUUCAUAUGGCUUCAAAGGUUCAACCAUGGGGUUACUUUACCGAAUUCGAAAAAGUCAAUAUCGAGGGAACUUUACAAUUCCUCUCCAUCAUUUCCACCUUACCACAAAAACCACGUUUCAUUUACAUUUCAUCGUUUACAGCCCUUAUAAUGUCUGAUGUCAACCCUGCAAGACCUUUCGAGACUUUUAGGCCACCUAAGUGGUUAAUCUGGGGUGCCGUCACCUUUAUUGAGUGGAUACCUUUGCUGGGAUAUAGUAAACUUUGGGUUCUUGAUUAUGAUGUUUAUGCGCGUCCCAAUAAAUUAUACGUUCAAUUAUGGACUAAUUUGAAAAUUCCAAGUUGGUCAAGUAUAGAAUUGGUUGAAGAACAACAACAAAUCAUAGUUGGCUGUGAUCCUGAUGAGUCUUAUCGCGUUUUUAAAAUUGUAAUUUCUACUAUUGAUAUUAAUGAAGGGUGGUAUGAAUUUACUGCUAGAAUCAAAAGAGAAGAUUGGGAAGGAGAUAGUAAAGCAAGAUUUGUUGUAGGCCGUGGAAAUGAUCCAUAUAUGACUGCUAAAGCAUGUAUGAAUUUUAUCAAUGAAAUUAAUGGAAUUAAUAGUGCCAAAACAACUAGUAGUAUUGAAACGAAAGAACGUUUUGAUUAUGAUCAUAUUGGAUAUUGUACUUAUAACGGAAUAGAAAGAGUAAAACAUUCGGAUGAAAUAAUCCAUCUUGUUAUACCACAAGAUAUUCAUAAGUUUUACAAUGAUUUUUACAAUUAUUUAAAAGAUCAAGGUGUUGAUAUGGUAAAAGUUGAUUCGCUAGGAAGCUUUGAUUUAAUUGAUUACGGUCAAAGUAGGCAUCGGCGAUGGUGGAGAGAAUAUCAUGAUGCUUUAGAAACAAAUAGUAAAGAAUAUUUUGAUAAUCGAAUAAUUUAUUGUAUGGCGCAUAGUCCUAAUAUUAUACAACAAGUCUUGUCUGGUUCAGGCUCGAAUGAUGAUAUGCCUAUAACAAGGGCAAUUAGUGGAGGCCCAUUGUACAUUACAGAUAUACCAAAUAAAUAUAACUUGGAUGUUCUCGAAAAGUGUAUAGUCAACAUACCAACUUAUAAGACGUACAAAUCAUCGUUAAAUUCGUCUUGUAAGACCUCUUCCUCAUCAACAAAAUUAAGUACAAAAUUGCCACAGAGAAUUUUAAAAAGCGAAAACCCAGCGUUACCAUCACUUCAAUCUUUAUUUCGGGAUUUUACAAAAGUCGAUAACUUGUUACAAAUAUGUAAUCGCAACAAUAAAAUCAAAGUACUUGGUUUAUGGAAUUGUAGACCUCAUAUUUUAUUGGAUUUAUUUUAUUUAACUGAUGUUUAUGGCUUAGAAACAAAUAAUAUAGUUGACAAAGGCAAUAAUCAGAAUCAUAAAGAUUUUAUACGUGAAUAUGCAUUAUACUUUUUUAAGAAUAAACGAGCUCUAUUGGUAAAUUCAAUGAAAGAACCUAUUUCAAUAAUAGUGAGGGCGGAAGAAUUUGAAAUUGUAACAAUUUCACCAAUCGAUUAUUCAACUGGAAAAAGUUAUAACAGAUAUUUCACUAUAAAGAUUGCAUCCUUUGGGUUAAUUGAUAAAUACAAUGGGUCUAAAGCAGUGAUUUUAUCAGAAUUUAUUAGCGAAAGUGUUAGACAAACAAAUUCAUUUAAUGAAAGUGGAGUAAUUUCAGCGGAAAAUCGGCAGGGUAGGAUAUUUUACAAAGUUCAAUUGGUUGGAUAUGGCGAAUGUGGAUUUUAUUUAGAUUCAGAUAAUGGAAGAAUAUGUGGUACUAAGGCAUAUUUAGGAAGCAAGUUGUUGAAAAAUGUCAAAUAUGAUAUUGAUAAGAAAUUACUUUCAAUUGGAUUAGAUAAGGAAGAUAUAGAGAACGAUGGUCAAAGAACUGAAUUCAGAAUGUUAAACCAUGACAUGUUAAAAGUGGAAUUGUUUUUGGAGAUUAUAGUUGAGUAA